GGUUCAACAAUUGCAAAUUCAGACCGAUCUCCAAAUAGUCUAGAUCAAACAACAAAAAUUGUUUUACAUAAAACUGAAUUGAUUGAAAAUGAUUAUAAAAUUAAUUUCAAUCUUAUUGAUACACCCGGCUUUGCAGAUUACAUUAAUAAUAAAUACUGUUGGAUUCCGGUUUGUGAUUAUAUUGACACACAAAAUCGAUUAUAUUUAUUCCAAGAAUCUCAACCAAUUCGAGAAAAAAUGGUUGACCAUCGAGUUCAUUGUUGUUUGUAUUUCAUAUCACCAACAAAUAAGGGAUUGUGCGAUUUAGAUAUUAAAUCAAUGAAAGAAAUUUCAAAACGAGUGAAUUUGAUUCCAAUUAUUUCAAAAGCAGAUGGAUUCACCAAAUUGGAAUUGGAUAACUUCAAGUAUGAAAUCAGAAAAACUAUUAAAGAGUUUAAUAUUCCGCUUUGUCAAUUUAUUCAAGAUAAAGAGCUUUUAAGAGAAAUUAAAAAUGAAUUACCAUAUGCUGUAAUUGGGUCGCAAUUCAAUCAUGACUCAAACAAAAGAGGGCGACAGUAUAAAUGGGGUUACGUUUCUAUAGACGAUGACAAUAAUAGUGAUUUUUAUCGCAUCAGCAGCUUGCUAAUUAAAGAUCAUAUGCUAGAUUUAAUUUUAGGAACUGAAAGUUAUUAUGAGCAGUAUCGUUCGCAGUUAUACAACUCAAAAGCGAGAAAAGUUGUCGGUUUUCCAGUUGAUGAUAGUGUUAACAUCAAAACAGAUGGAUUGGAGGCAUUUUGCAAGUCGUCAACAGUGGAUUAUGCGAGUAUUGACAGAUUCUUUAUGGAAAUGAAUCCAAUUUUUGUUGAUAAGAAACAGCAUCUUUCGAAAAAGUUCAACGAAGUUAUUGGGGUUUGGGAGCAUAAUUUCCGAGAAUGGAAGACAGCAUUGAUUAAGAAGCAAAAAAUGUGCAACGAAGACAUCCAGCAAGUGCAU